AUCCCACAAAUUUCAUAUAAUAAUUUGAUUCUUUCAUUCGUUUUUUUUCAAUACAAAAAUGCAUGUUAUGGAGCUGAACAUGUUGCCAGAGAGCUGCGUUGCUGAGAUUCUGUCCCUCACAUCUCCUUCCGACGCUUGUAAAUCGUCCUUGGUUUCGACUGCUUUUCGAUCGGCGGCGGAUUCCGAUUACGUCUGGGGCAAGUUCUUGCCUUCUGAAUACCAUAAAACUGUGUGGGAGGCUUGUGAUGCAAGUCUCCGGUUUUGUUCAAAGAAGGAGCUUUAUUUCCUCCUCUGCAACCCUCUUCUUAUUGACGAUGGCAAGAUGAGUUUCAGAGUGGAGAGAUCGAGUGGAAGAAUGUCAUAUAUUAUAUCAGCGAGGGAGCUUUCCAUAACAUGGAGCGCUGAUCCAAUGUUUUGGGUUUGGAAAUCCAUCCCUCAGUCAAGAUUCUCGGAGGUGGCCGAACUCAUAACCACAAGCUGGCUGGAAAUCAAUGGCAAAAUCACAACCAAAAUGCUUUCUCCCAACACGAGCUACGGAGCAUAUCUCAUACUUAAAACCACCGAGAGAUCAUACGGACUCGAUGUAAUUCCGUGCGAGACGUCGAUCGAAAUCGGGAGCCAAACGUUGAAGAACACGGCAUGUAUGAGAUGCCAGGACAACAAGAAACAACAAAUGGAGACACUUUAUUCCAACAGGAAAGAGAUAAUGAAAGCGAGGGUGGUUAAAGGAGACGAUAGGGUGAUGAGUAAAAGAGAAGAUGGGUGGAUGGAGAUCGAGCUCGGGGAGUUCUUCAAUGGCGGAAUGUCUGAUGAAGAAGUGAAAAUGAGUUUGAUGGAAAUAAAGGGUCACCAACUUAAAGGUGGUGUCAUAAUCGAAGGCAUUGAAAUCAGGCCAAAAUCAUAGAAAAAAAACCCAGGAACUAGAACAAGAUAUUUACGGUUUGAUCGAGACAGGGAAUUGAUUUUGUUAAUAUAUGUCUAUUAAUUUCAUUUGUUAAAUACGACCAAUAUUACCUUAUCCAGAUGC